AUGGUAACAGUGCAGGGAGAUUCGCUGGAAUUACCCUCAGAAGGAAUAUACACUAAGUUUAAGGCGGGAUUGGAUUGCUCAGAAGAAGGUGAUUGGCAAAGGCACAGCGAAAGGGUAAGGAGGGAAGUGGGCACUACAUUAAAUUUAUUUGGAAUUGAUAAGAGUUUUGCCAGUGACAUUGCAAAGGGCUUGUGUUACGCAUGUGCACAGAGUGGGGGGAACAGUUCAUCCGACGACACGUAUUGCUAUUUCCUAUAUUAUUGGAUAGGUGGUAAUGUAAUGAAGAAGGAAAUGUCCCAUCAAGAAUUUAAAAGGGUCAUGAAAGCAAUUUAUAAGGCACUGAAUGAAGGGGGGUCUAUGUGUAAUUGUAGUACUGCACCCUAUGAUAUUCAUGAUAUCGUCUUCUAUGAGAGUAAGGAGCUAUUUGACUACUCCUAUAAUUAUGGUACUAUGGGAAAAAUAUCAGAAGGCUGGAGCGAACUUUGUGGGGAAAAAUAUGAAAGUUAUCUGCAAAAAAUUACUGAAGUAUAUGGGAGGAUACAGAGGUGCCGUGAAGAUGAUGAUUCAGAUUGUGCGGAAAUUGAAAAGAAGUAUAAGGAUUAUUUUAAUGGCAAGGAGCUGAACUUGGAAUGUAGCAAAGCAGAUAAACCACAACCUGAACCACUGCUGCAGACGGAAGAAGUUCAAUCGGAAAGAGAAACUCACCUAAGUGAACCUUCAGAAACUAGGCCAGAAGAUAGAUCAGGUCCAGCGCAUGAAAGAGGUAAGUAUAGAGUAGAACUAUAUCUUAAAUGA